UCAGUCUACUUUUUUUUACUUCAUAAUCAUGGCAAACUAUAUAGUUGCGCUUUCGUUGAUCUUAAUAGUUUUGAUGCAGAGGAAGGUAUAUUGUGAAGAGUGUUCAAGCCUAAAAGGAUGUUUAAAAGAUAAUGGGAACGAUCUCUCGAAUUAUGAAUUUAAAUUUGAUACUCUAGCUGAAAUCAAAAAUGUCUGGGAAGUCAUAUGCAGAGAUACAGAAAGCCUUACUAAAUGUUAUUCAAAAAAUAAACCUGUAUGCUACGAAAUAAACAACCCGAUCGGUUUUGUUAUGUCGUUGACGUUCUUCAAGGCUACGUUUCAACACAUGUGCGAAAAGACAAACGGAAUGGCUCAUUUUUCAAUGUGUAUGAUAAACACGCUUUCGGAUCAAUUUGGUAAUAUAUUGUCGACAUGUUUUGGAAAUGGUUUAAACAUUAACGAUGAUGACUUCAUUAUUUCUAAAUGUGGCACGGUAGAACAAACUUCAACCUCUAAAUGCAUAAAAGGUUUCAUUACGGGAAAAUGCAGUUCUGAAGCAGUAAACUUCAUCAAUUCUCCUCCAGGCAGUGAAACUUGCUCAGCAAUCAAUAUGAUUGGACAAAUAACUACCGUUAUUGGUGUAUUCGUUUUGAAAAUUAUUAUCACAUAA